CGGCUUCGUUUAGAUAGCAUCAUUGACCGGUGCCUUGGCAGGUUCUUCGAAGGCAACUUUCAGGUUAUUCAUCGUGAUCUUGCCGCUCGAAACUGUUUAUUGGGGCAGAAGGAUGAGUUGAAGAUUUCGGAUUUUGGUCUGUCUAUAGCAGAUAAGACAGAAAUGAAAAUGGACAAGUUGAAAAGCGUACCCAUCAAAUGGCUGGCUCCUGAAACGCUUCGGCAGGGAAUAUUUUCAACGAAAACCGAUGUGUGGAGUUAUGGUGUAUUGCUUUGGGAGAUUUUUGCACGUUGUGCUUCUGAUCCGUUCCCUGGAGAAACAAAUGCGAAAGCAAAAGAGCACAUCUUGAACGAUCCCGCGCCUAUGUCUGCUCCUGAAGGAAGUCCACCUAUUGUGCAAGAAGUCAUGAAUGUUUGCUUCGUAAAGAACCCAGAGGAGAGAGCUGACUUUGUCAAGAUUCUAAAACUUCUUGCACCUAAAGAAGAACCGCCUACGAUACCGCUAGCCGCUUUCCAAACGUAUUAA